CUUUCUUUUAGCUUAUCUUUUGAGCCAAGAUGGCGAAGAUUGUUAUGGUAAUUCUAUUCUCAUUACCUAUAGUCCACACAUUCCAAUUCGUGAUAAGUGAAGAAGUGAAAAUCAAAGACGAGAAAACUGAAGGCCAUGGUGGGUUGGAGAAAACUUCACUAACUGAUGACAAAGAUCAUGGAAAGGUUGAAGAAAAAGAGAGUGUGGAUGAUGAAAAGGCUAAAAAAGGCAAGGAGCAUGGUCAUGUGAAAGCUAAAGAAAAAGAGAGUGUGGGUGAUGAAAAUGCUAAAGAAAAGGAGAGCGUCGGCGAUGAAAAGGCUAAAGAAAACGAUAGCACCGGUCAUGGAAAGACUAAAGAAAAAAAGAGUGUCGAUCAUGCCAAGGCUAAAGAAGAAAAGAGUGCCGGUCAUGCAAAUGCUAAUGGAAAUGAUAAAGAAGAUCAUACAAAGGCCAAGUGCCGGUCCUGCAGAGGCGAAACGUGAUCAUUAACUAAGCGA